UGGGACUUCAGAGGAGGACUGGCUUCAGAAGGCGUGCAGAGGUCGGAGCAGAGCAGAGCAGAGCAGAGGAGCAGCUGAGAAUGGAGGACGAGCGAGCCGAGCGAGGGGACCAGUCCGAAGGCCCAGAGGAGCCGGAGGAGCAGACGCCGAUGGACUUGACUGAGCUGCAGGGCCUGGUGACGGAGCUGCGGCGGGGGCUCCACUCCGCCCUGCUGGAGCUGUGCCAGCUGCGCCAGAGGGACCAGAGUCUGGAGGAGAAGCUGCAAGCGCAUCAAACCGACGUGGACGACAAGAUCAUGGGAGUGAAGAACUCGCUCAACACCUUCAAGGAGGAGCUGAGCGUGGCAUGUUUCCACAUCAAGGAGGUGUCCCACCACCAGAGGGAGCUCAUCAAGAAGGUGGAAGUCCUGCACGCUGACAGGGACUUUCCCACUCAGCACAGCAGGAAGAGCUCGAGGGUGGAGGCCCUGGCGGCUCUGGGGGAGGAGCACGUCAGCGUGCCCAGCCAGUCGGAGCUGAGCGUCAUCCAGCACUACUUCUCCAGCCUGGCCCACAGCAGCUCACCGCAGAGGAGCAACACGUCCACUCAGACCUCCACCUCUGAAGUGGAGGGACAGCAGAGACCCUCGCGCCACUGCAGCAGGGACGAGGCAGACUCCCCCAACCAGCUGAAUGAAAACAGUGAGAUUGGAAGCUUCCUGUCGUGGCUUCGUGACACGCCUCCUCACUCUGAUCACCUCGGCGCAGACAAGCGUCAGAGAGCGGCUCUGGAGCUGCUGGAGUCGGAGCGAGUCUACGUGUCACACCUCUCCCUGCUGCUGAAGGCCAACAUCUCUUUCAACGGCUCAGAGGCGCUGGCAUCCAAGGACAAACGUCCCUUUCCCAGCUCCCUGAGGUUCCUGAUCCAGCAGCACCUGGAGCUGCUUCACAACCUCCAGGAACGAGUGCUCAAGUGCCAGUGGCAAGGCCUGAUGGGAGACAUUUUCAUGAGAUUAACCAGCAAAGAGAGUGAUUUCCUGGACUUCUACGUGUCGUACCUCAAGGAGCUGCCCGAGUGUCUCUCGGUCGUCACCAUGCUGGUGUCCAACCCCAGAAGCCCUUCCUUGCUGCUGGAGAGCGACAUCACGGGCGACGAGUGCAAGCCAUCACUGCACAUGCUGCUCCUGCAGCCGGUCCAGAGGAUCCCAGAGUACCUGCUCCUGCUCCAGGGCCUGCUGAGGCAGACGGACGCAGACCACCCCGACUACUACCUGCUGCUGGUCUGCAUCCAACAGUUCCGCUCCUUCACAGCGCAGCACCAUCACCUCCUCCAGAGCAACCAGGAGCUGCUGCUGCAGAACCAGAAGGACGUGAAGAGGUCCAGCACAGCGCCACAGUGGUGCCCGCUGGGAUCCAACCUGAGCUGCUUCCGUCCCUCCUGCAGGUCCACCAUGAAGCAGCUGCUCAAGACUGUGGAGAGUGGGAUUCAGAGCAACCACACGGGCUCGCCGUACCCUCACAGCAUGCUAGACCACUCCAACCACAUAAAGCAAAGCAAACAGCGCCUCCUGGAGCAGAUGCAGUCUCACCGCUACCAGAACUGGGAAGAAGAUUCCAACACCAGUAACUACGAGAGAGAGUGGCAUUCCAACACCCCCUACUUCAGCCCCGACACCGACUCACGGAACCACCAGCUCACAGGUCUGGGCAGCAUUCCCGAGGCGUCGGAGCGGCCCACACCCUGCCAGCACCACCAGAGCUCCAGAGCAGCAGGCUUCCGUCAGGCCCAGCCGGGCUCAGCCCAGCCGGGCUCAGCUCUGGCCGACGCGCUCGGGGAGUUCCUGCUUCCAGCGGAGCAGCCCAGGAUGGAGAAUCUCUACGAGGAGGAGCGGGUCUCUCUUCCUGACGCGUCUCUGUUCGACCGCUGCUCCUCAGCCUCCUCCGACUCCUCCAUCGACAUCGCCUUCGUCAAGUGUCCCAAAGCUCCGAUGCACCACGCGCUGGUGACCCCCGUCCAGACCAGCCGCGACAUCUUCAACCUUAACGGCAGCCACGGCUACAACAAGCUGCCCAACCGAGGGUGUGUGUCCCCGGACGAGGCCAUCAUGAUGCGGCGUAAUCAGCACCGCCCCCUGCAGGCCAGUCAGCGCAAGAGCAAGUCGCUCAACGGCCUGCAGAUGGACGCCACCAUGAGCGGCACGGAGGAGAAGCCCAGCGGCCAUGCCAAGCUGGAGAGGCAGGGCAGCCGCGGCAGCAGGGGCUGCUCCACGCCGUCGCGGCUCCUGCACAGCCCGCAGGGCAGCAGGGUGGAGCCGGACAAGCAGCUGGAGCACCACAGGCUUCUCAGCAUGGAGCCUGGCCUGCAGUCGUGGGCCGAGGACAGCAAGUGGCGCGGCGGCGCCGAGGACAGCAAUCCUUCUGCCUUCAGCGAGAGAAGCAGGAAGCAGGACAAAGGAGGCUUCAGGAGCUCAUUCAAGAAGCUCUUUAAGAAGAAGACGGGAGAGGAGAAGAAGGAGAAAGGAGGAGAGAAGGUGCAGGAGAAUGGAGACCAGGAGGGAGGGAAGAACGGCAAGCACGUUCACCUGGAGAUCAACCGCGGCACCGCUGUGUGAAUGUCACCAGCCGCUCUCCAUCAGCGACGACGACGCAUCUGGCCCCUUUCUGCUUCCCGAUGUACCACACAUGGAGCUCAUGUAACCACUUCCACAGCACACCUUGCACAGAGAGCACCUUGUCUUCACAACAUCUUAUGAGCGCAUGAUCAGGCACAUCAUGUGAAGAGCACUCCAGCCUCCAACAGCAGUCUCAUACUGCACUGCAACAGUUUGGUCCUACUCACCGUUUGAAUGGACUGUUUUGAGAAUCGGACACAGCUUUGUGUAUUUUAGAGGUUGUUCCACAUGCUGUUCUCUACCAUGACACUAGGGGGCACUAUAUUCCCCCCGUCCAUCCCAACACUAGCGAGCAACACUGUUCCAGGCCAGAUGUCCAAUGUGAAUAUUAAUAAAGCGAUUUUCCUCCUCGACUUUAUAGCUCAUUGACAUAUAAAUCCAAAUGUAUAACUUCAAUAUCGACUAUAGCUGUGAUUAAACAUAUUUGACCUCAUCUUGAACUGAGUGUUUGACCUAAUCAUUUAAACUUAACUUGGUCUUUCUGGACAUAAUGAAAAACACAAAUACUUGUUUUGCCCUUACAACAUAUUAAUGAUAGUAUCUGAACAGUUUAAACUUCAAUUCAAUAAUAGGUUAGCAACAUAAAUAGAGGCUGAGUCUAGACUGAAACAAUACUCAGAGCAAGUUCUGAUCAC